GAGAAAUCAUGAUGGAGUGGCUCCUUCUCACCAUGCUGGCUGUUCAGAUACGGAUUUUCGGAGCAGUGCCAGCCCUGACUAGUGAACCAACUUCUGAUCCAUCACCGAAUACAACCCUACCUGCUGACUGCUCCCAACCAAUUAUUCAAGGUAAUUGCAUGGCGUACAUUGAAAAAUACGGAUAUAAUGAGAAAACAGGGAAAUGCGAAAAGUUCAUUUUUGGUGGAUGCGGAGGAAAUCAUAACCAGUUUGAUUCAGAAGAAGAAUGCAAGAACACUUGCAAAAUACAGGAUGUUAAAUAAGAAAUGCUAAAAUUGUGCUGAAUAAACCAUUAACUUGGGCUUGUAUUUUGUACAUUGAU